UCCGCAGAAAAGGAAAAUACAACUAAUUCAAGAUUUAUGUGGUAGAUUAACAUAACAUUAGCGCCAGUUCAAUCAAGAAAAUCACAUCCUAGCCAGCAAUACCACCAGCAAUCUUAAAGUAUGCCCAAAAAACUUGACGAUGGUUGCCUUCUGCACCAUUCUGCCAAACACACCAACGAAGCAUUCAUUGCCAUGGAUAAGAUGCGUCAUAGCGGUGUGCUCUGUGACAUCACAUUGAAGGUCGAAGGUCAAAAUAUCAAUGGUCAUAAACUGGUGCUAGCCUCUUGCAGUCCAUACUUCCAUGCAAUGUUUACAAACAAUAUGAGUGAAUGCAAUAGGUCAGCGGUCACUCUCCAUGACAUUGAUGCAGAGGCUGUUGCAAAGUUGAUCCAAUUUGCAUACACUUCAGAGAUUAUUAUUAGUGAUAAGAAUGUCCAGUCACUCCUUCCAGCAGCGAACCUUCUUCAGCUGCACAGCGUCCGUGACGCGUGCUCCAAGUAUCUCCUCUCUCAGCUAGAGCCCUCAAAUUGUCUUGGUAUACGGCGUUUUGCCGAUGCCCAUGCUUGCCAAGAUCUUUUCCGUUAUUCACAAGAAUUUGUUCUGCGUAAUUUCAAUGAAGUUGUCAAUUCAGAAGAAUAUAUCCAGUUGUCGUUAACAGAGGUGGAAGAGCUUAUGUCAAAUGAAGAGGUGAACAUAGCAAAUGAAGAAGAUAUAUUUAAUGCUGUAAUGCUAUGGAUACGGCAUGAUCUACAAGAAAGAAAACAGUGCAUAGGAAAGCUUUUGAGACAUGUCCGCCUUCCAUUGCUAACCAGGGACUUCUUAGUCUUAAAUGUGGAAAAAGAUGAAAUAGUCCACACGAGUCCUGAGUGUAAGGACCUGUUGAUAGAAGCUAUGAAAUAUCACUUGCUACCUGAGCAACGUGCCUCAUUACAGUCGGUACGGACAAGACAACGUCAAAACACUAAAAUGGUGACAGUGCUUUUUUCUGUUGGUGGUGGUAGCCUAUUUGCUAUUCAUAAUGAAUGCGAGUGUUUUGAUCCUCGUCACGACUCUUGGUUCAACAUAGCGCCAAUGAAUUUUCGGAGAGCACGACUUGGCGUUGCUGCUGCCAGUCGAUGUAUUUAUGCUGUUGGGGGGUAUGAUGGGUCUGGUGACCUUUCAGUUGUAGAAUGUUACAAACCAAAGCUAAAUACAUGGACUGAGUGUGCUUCAAUGGGAACACGCAGAAGUUGUCUUGGUGUCGCUGUUCUUAAUGGCCUCUUGUACGCCGUCGGUGGCUACGAUGGUGCCUCUUGUUUGAAUAGCGCUGAGAGGUACGAUCCGUUAACCAACGCUUGGACUUCAAUCGCUGCCAUGUCAACACGGAGAAGAUAUGUCAAACUUGCUGUUCUAGAUGACUUUCUGUGGGCAGUGGGUGGAUAUGAUGGCUCCACCCACUUGUCUAGUGUCGAAAAAUAUGACCCCAAAACAAACACUUGGACUCAAAUUGCGAACAUGAACAACAGAAGAAGUAGCAUGGGUGUCGCAGUGAUUGAAGAUGUUUUGUAUGUUGUCGGAGGCAAUGAUGGUGCAUCGUGCUUGAACAGUGCGGAGAGAUUUAAUCAAGACAUUAACAUGUGGGAACCGGUAACACCAAUGACCACAAGGAGGAGCACCCAUGACGCAGUAUCUCUGAAUAGUCAUCUGUAUGUGAUUGGUGGAAAUGACGGUAGUAGUAGUCUGAAUAGCGUUGAGCGGUAUAAUCCGCUGACAAGACGCUGGAAAGUCCUAUCGAGCAUGAGCUCAAGAAGAAGUAGUGUCGGAGUGACAGCAGCAGAGAUUUUACCAGCUUCAGAAAACAAAGUUGAUUAAAAAAGUUGCAAUAUGUUAUAUUAUGCCAAGAGGAAUUUAAUGCCCAAGUGCAAAUUGCAUAAAACAUACCUGAAAUUUUAAAGUGAUGACUAUAUACAGUAAAUGCAUUACUCUUUAUUGUAGUUAUCAUUUGUAAUUAUUAUUUAUUUUAAUUGUUGAAGUCAUUGUGGUAUGUGAUUCAUUAAGAUUCACUAAUAUGAAAACUGUUCUCAGGAUAUCUAAAUGUUCAGUAGUGAAAUACAGUAAUAGCAGAUAUUGAUAUAGCGCCAAUUGAAAAUUUAUCAAGGUUCUAAUUGAGAAAAUUAAGGCCAGUUAAUAAGAUUCCUGAAAUAAUAGGUUGAUGAAAACUAAGCUACUUAAAAGUCAGUCUGGUAAAAGUAACUUAAAAUUGUAACAUUGUUUAUUAGCUCAUCAGAAUGCAGACAAAAUAAAAGAGCCAUUACUGAGUGUGACAAUCGUCUAGCUUGUUCAAAUGAUGAACCAUUUCCUGGUGAUUUUUCAAAGUAAAGUAAAUCCUACGCCCAAGUAAAAGGAAAUAAUAUGAUAUCUUCAUCAAGGUAAAUUUACGAUUAAUAACGUUGAUUAAUUGAAGAAUAAACAAUCAGAGACUCUUAAAUUACUCUAAAUGUAGGAACAAGACAUCCAUAACAUUGGAAAUGUGAAAGAUUUUCUUACAUGUUAAUGAAAGUGUAAAGGUAAAGGGUUCGAAACCUGAAGCAGGCCGAGUGAAAGUGCAUAUAUUAAUGUAAACAUUUAAAAGAAUAGUAAUAACACUCAACAAGCAGGAAGGCCACUUAUUUGGGAAGGCGCUCUUUAUAUUGUUUGCAAAUAUCAAUACUGUACAUGCUAAAGGGGAAUUUGUAUUUUUGAACCAUAGUAUGUUGCUGCUCUCCUUAUACACACAUCACAAGAAAAGGCUUACAUUUAUACAUAGAAAGAAGAAUAGAUUGUGUUUAUCAAAAGCAAGUAGUUUCGAAGACCACUGUCUGCUCAAAUACAUCUUCGUCUGUCCA